AUGAAUAUUGCCCUUAGUGCUAAAAAUAAGUUGAAAAUUGUUAAUGGAGAGUAUGCUGAACCAGCACCAGGCUCUGCACUUAGGCCUCUUUGGGAACGUACCAAUGACAUGGUCAUUUCCUGGAUUUUAAACACAGUUUCUGACCAAAUUAGCAACAAUCUAAACUUUGUAAGCUUUACUUUAGCCUUAUGGAAUGAACUCAGUGAACACUACUCCCAACUAGAUGGCCAUAGGAUCUUUCAGGUCACUAAUGAAUUGGUUAACCUUUCUCAAAACAAUACUUCUGUGGAAACCUAUUACCACAAACUCAAGGGCCUUUGGGAUGAACUAGAUGCUUUAAAAGCACCUUAUGCUUCUAUUUGUAAGUGUACUUGUGACAAUGGGAAAGAACAUGGUGCAAGAGAGCAAAGAAAGAGGUUGAUUCAAUUCUUAAUGGGACUAGAUGAGGGGUACACAAACAUCAGAGGUCAAAUUCUGCUCAUACAACCCCUACCUAAUGUUUCCAAGGCCUAUAGUAUGCUUAGACAGGAAGAAAAACAGAGGGAAGGAUCAAAACAGACUCUAGUUACCCCUGUGACACUUAAUACAAUGACUCAACCAUCAAAAUAUGUCCCUAGGUCUAAACUUACGAUAAACAGGGCAAGUGUUUUCAAGAAAGGUGUAAACUGCUCUUAUUGCCACAGAGAGGGUCAUACCAAAGAGGAGUGUUACAAACUGGUUGGAUAUCCCCCUGGUCACCCCUUGCAUUACAAAAAUCAACCACCACCACCAAGAAAUUCUCCUGUCUCAUUUAAAGGGAAAUCUGUCCAAAUGGUAAGUUCUGAAGACAUCUCCUCCACCUCUAAGGAAACACCAUACUACAUGGCUUCUAUCUCACAACCUUCUCAGGAGUCCAUGGUUCCGAAUGCAAAGUUUGAUCAGGUGCAGAAUCAACUCAAUCAGGUGAUGCUAAUGAUGCAGCAAUCACAGCUACCAAAUGAUCCUCCUUCUGCUCUUACUGCAGGUAUAUACUCAUUCACUUUUGACUCCAUGCCUAAGUUUAGAUUUAUUGCAUCUUGUUUGUCUAGGACUGAGGAUGUUUGGAUAACUGAUAGUGGGGCAACAGACCAUAUAUGCAUUUACCUUCACCUCACGCAUAAUGUCUAUAAAUGCAAAGUACCAAUAAAAGUCUUCCUUCCAAAUGACACUGUCACUUUUGUUGACACUAUAGGAUCCGUGACCAUCAAUGAACACAUCAUUCUUCACAAUGUUCUCUACAUUCCUACCUUCACCUACAACUUGCUAUCUAUUAGCAAGUUACUCACUCCUCAUAAUUCUAUAACUUUCACUCAUAACUCUUGUGUUUUUCUGAACAUAACAAGAAAAUUGCUCAUGGCAUUCUUUGUAAUAUUCUCUACCUUCUGUCCACCAAAGCUACCACCUCUCAAGUUCACUCCAAAGCUACCAUCCUGA